AUGGAUAAAAGGAAAUUAUCCACUGCUGGGGACAGCCUGUAUCAAAUAUUGCAGGUACCUAAAACUGCAACCGCCGAUGAUGUUAAGAAAAGUUAUCGUAAAUUAGCGUUGAAAUAUCAUCCGGACAAAAAUCCUAACAACCCAGAUGCAUCGGAAAAAUUUAAAGAAGUGAACAGAGCUCAUACUAUAUUAAGUGACGCUACAAAAAGAAAUAUCUAUGACAACUAUGGCUCCUUGGGAUUGUACAUAGCUGAACAAUUUGGAGAAGAAAACGUCAAUGCUUACUUUGUUGUUACCAGUACGUGGUGCAAAGCUUUAUUCGUUGUUUGUGGUAUCUUGACUGGAUGCUACUUCUGUUGCUGUUUAUGCUGUUGUUGUAAUUGCUGCUGCGGAAAAUGCAAACCGCGCCCUCCAGAAGAAUCUGGUGAUUAUCACACAUUGGAGCGUGAUGAUUCAGACGGCGUUCAGCCAGUCACGAUGCAGCCAGGAGGGGAAGGCCGUCCUACAGGCGAGCAGGCGCCACCCAUCGCCAUGCCGGCGCCGGCACCGGCACCGGGUGUUUCUGAAAACACAGGCCUCAACACAGGGAGCAGUAUUCCAAAAUACACA